AUGAACGUGCGGGGAUGGCGGUGGACAUAUGUGGCAUUGGGGCUUGCGCUGCGCUUGCAGCUACUCGUAUGGGGCAUGUGGCAGGAUAAACACGCUACGCUACCGUACACAGACGUAGAUUUCCACGUAUACAACGACGGCGCUAACGCACUGUGGAAUGCGUGCCGUCUGGCCGACACGGUCUAUUCGCCAUUUUUUGACACAGAGUCAGACUUGUUUGACGCGCCGCAGAUUGCAGAAAAAGUGCGGUGUGCGCGCGGAUUCCUCCCAGCGGUAGCGCGGUUUGUGUUGCGCAGUGAUCCGCAGCGCACGGGCGAAAAUUCGUUCCCGGAAGCGUCGGCGCUCGCGCGCAUUUCCGCGUUCAACUUUGCACUCUCGCGCCCCUUGUUCCAGCUUCUCGCAUCCAUUGGCGAUCCAUAUACGCGCGCGACCUACCGCUACACGCCGUGGCUCGCAGUGCUGCUGGGCCCUGUGCAGCGCUUCCCCGCACUUGCGUCCGUCUUUGGAAAACUGCUUUUUGCCCUCGCUGACAUUGUUUGUGCACUGCUCAUGUGGGAUUUGCUUGACCAGCGCGCAUUGCGGUAUGGUCAUGUAGCUAAAUCGCUGCGCACAACCUGGACCACGCAUCUCCCGGGCCUUGUAUGGCUGCUCAACCCAUUCCCAGCGCAAAUCUCCACGCGCGGCAAUUCUGACAGUGUGCUGGGCGUGCUGGUCCUGGGCUUCCUCGCACUGCUUCUGCGUGCGACGCCAGAGAUGGAGUUUGCGCCAGAGGAGAUUGAGGAGGCUAAGCAGACUGUGUCCAAGCGGGAUCCGUCCGAUUUACGCGUCGCCGACGAAACGGCUUGGUACGGCGCAGCAUUCAUGCUCGCACUUGCCGUGCAUUUCAAAUUGUACCCUGUUAUUUACGGCGCCAGCGUGCUUGCACAUCUCGCAACCUACCGGCGCCACGCAAUCCGGCUGCUGUGUGGCAUCAACGCACCCGCUGCCCUGGACGUGUACAUUUUGGGCGCCGAAUUUGCCAUUCUUUCUGGUGCAAUGUAUGCGCUGCUCGUCUUUAUUUCAUGGCUCCUAUGGGGCGCGCCGUUCGUUCACAAUGCACUGCUUUACCACAUUUUGCGGCAGGACCACCGACACAAUUUCAGCGUCUAUUUUCUGUCGACCUACCUGACGCUCGGCAACUCGGACCAUGCAGAAAUGCAUCCGCUCGUCGGACUCCUUGUGCAGCUCACCGCGUCGCCGCUAGCUAGCUUUGUCCCGCAACUGCUCACCGUCGCCUAUGCAGGAUUCGCAUUGGGCGGCAAGGACCUCGUUUUUGGCUGUGCCAUCCAGACGCUCAUUUUUGUCGCGUGGAACAAGGUGUUUACUAGCCAAUACUUUCUAUGGUACCUUUGGUUUCUCCCGGUGCUGGGCGUCACAAUGCAUUUCCAGCGCCGUGCGCUGCUCGGCACGGCGCUGUUUUGGGUAGGUGCACAGGCCCUAUGGCUCUUUUUUGCGUACCGGCUCGAGUUCCUCGGGCAGGACACAUUCGUUCCGCUCUGGCUCAGUGGACUGUUGCUCCUUGCCGCACACCUCGUCGUCCUUCAGCAAUGCCUCCAUGGCUGGACUGCAGGACGGGCACGGCAAGCAAUCGCAUCGGAAAAAUCACAAUAA